AUGUCCUCCCCCAUAGGCAAGAAGCGAAACCCUGGCCUUAAGAUUCCAAAAGAAGCAUUUGAACAACCUCAGACCAGUUCCACGCCACCUCGAGAUUUAGACUCCAAGGCUUGCAUUUCGAUUGGAAAUCAGAACUUUGAGGUGAAGGCAGAUGACCUGGAGCCUAUAGUGGAGCUGGGCCGAGGUGCGUACGGGGUGGUGGAGAAGAUGCGGCACGUGCCCAGCGGGCAGAUCAUGGCGGUGAAGCGGAUCCGGGCCACAGUUAACAGCCAGGAGCAGAAACGGCUACUGAUGGAUCUAGACGUUUCCAUGAGGACAGUGGACUGUCCCUUUACUGUCACCUUCUAUGGCGCACUCUUCCGGGAGGGUGAUGUAUGGAUAUGCAUGGAGCUCAUGGAUACGUCACUAGAUAAAUUCUACAAACAAGUUAUUGAUAAAGGCCAAACAAUUCCAGAGGAUAUCUUAGGGAAGAUAGCAGUUUCUAUUGUAAAAGCAUUAGAACAUCUACACAGUAAGCUCUCUGUUAUCCAUCGAGAUGUCAAGCCUUCUAACGUGCUCAUUAAUACUCUGGGCCAAGUGAAGAUGUGUGAUUUUGGAAUCAGUGGCUACCUGGUGGACUCUGUUGCUAAAACGAUUGAUGCGGGUUGCAAACCAUACAUGGCUCCUGAACGAAUAAACCCGGAGCUCAACCAGAAGGGGUACAGUGUGAAGUCUGACAUUUGGAGUCUGGGAAUCACCAUGAUUGAGCUGGCCAUCCUUCGGUUUCCCUAUGAUUCUUGGGGAACUCCCUUCCAGCAGCUAAAGCAAGUGGUAGAAGAGCCGUCGCCGCAGCUCCCAGCUGACAAGUUCUCCGCAGAGCUUGUUGACUUUGCCUCACAGUGCUUGAAGAAAAAUUCCAAAGAACGGCCCACGUAUCCAGAGCUUAUGCAACAUCCAUUUUUCACCCUACACGAAUCCAAAGCAACAGAUGUGGCAUCUUUUGUAAAACUGAUACUUGGGGACUAAAAAGCCAUGGACUUACUGGUUGACCCUACUGUGGAUUGGUGGGUUUACAGGGUGAAGUGAGUUCAUUACAACACCAACAGGAAAAGUCAUCUUGAGAUCAUUGAACCCUGCCUUUUUGAGGGUUUUUUUCUCCCUACUUCUUCUUUUUCCUCUCCAAAGGGGGCCAUGGAAUCUCUAGUAUAGAAUGAACUCUCUAGAUGGAUGAAAUAUGAUAAAGGCUUAGGACUUGAAAAGGUAAUUAAAUAUUUAAUGACGAGUCAUAUGAGUCCUCAAGCUUCCCAGAUUUCUUGUGUUCUUUACAAAAUGAAUGCAUUGGCCCUGGCAACAAGGUGCUACAGUAGUGAUGAAAUUGUAAAGUAGAUUUGUAGUGUAUCCCACUUAUUAUUUUAAUAUUUAUGUUUCAGUGCUUGGUUGGAAAUAUUCCAUUUUAUGCAAGAAGGGAGAUAGAGAGGCAAGGCUGACUUGGCAGUAUUUAUAGGGCUUUUAUUUUGUAAGUUCAAUCUUGUCUGUGGUGCAGAGGAAGUUAUUUAAUAUGCAUCUGUGAGAAUAUUAUAAACGUCCCAAACACAGGGGCUCUUCCUGUGCAGUGUGGCUUGCAGUGGUUGUGGCUGCUGCUCCUAAACUUCACCUCAGUCCUGGGGAACCACCGCAUCUUUUGAAUGAAUUGUCAAAGUAUCUUGAUCAUAUCCCAACCCCCAACUUUGGAAGACAUGAAAGUCACUUGUAUCAUUGCUCAAAGAGUAAAAACCAAUGGGUCUCUUCAAAUUUGUGGUAUAGUUUUAGUGAAAAAUGAAACUAAUGGAAAGUGG